AUGCGAACACCACCUCUCACCAGCUUACGUCACUCGCACGAGGACGUCCUCGAGGCACAUCUGACUAUCACAAAAGACAUCUCCUCGGCUCGAACCCAGGCCAGCACAGCAGUCGAUCGCUGGGGAGACAACCAACCAUUUACUAUCAUCUCUGUCAUCGGCAUAUCCGUGCAAAUGCGGUGGUGGUUUGUCUAUGCGUGGAUUGCGAUUAUCUUGCAAAUUACGGUCGAGGGUAUUCCCCUUCAACAAGAUACCACGAAUAAAUCUGAGGAGCGCAGCAAACGACAGACUCUUCCGUUCUCUACAGGACAUCGUGAUUCUAUUGCGCCAGCUACCUCCGACAGAAUUCUUGCCCCUAUUCCGGGGGUCGAAAGAAAUUACCACUCUUAUGAGGAAGCAGCACGUCAAGCUUGCCUAUAUAUUCUAACAGGGAAGAUUGACUCGGGACCAAUAGAUAAGCAGACACCGCUCACCCUCACAUUAAGUCGCUACACUAGCGUGGCGGACCAGCCUAGUUGGAUCAAAGGGAAAACUGUUGGUCUGGGAUACAAGGAAACGUCAAACAGCGACCCUAUAGACAUUAUCCGACUUGAAUACGACCCUGCAAAAAAGUUCUACUUUAGCGUCCAAGCGCUCAACCAGGACCGGACUGCAGUUGAUUACACAAAGGUUAGGCUAGUUGCCAAGUUUCCUUCAAGUGAUCGGAACCCAGAUCAGUAUUUUCAAGCUCUGGUGGAGCCAUUGGAUCGAAAACGGGCGAAUAACACGAACGAAUACGAAUACUCCCCUGGAAAUAUCUGGGACCUUUGGAGAACUAGAAGACGGCCCCGGCUUGUGGAGGACGUUGAAUAA